AUGGAAACUUGCGAUGUCAUUCGACUUAAAUCAAUUAUUUUUGAUUUUGAACUAGCUGUUAAAAAUGUGUUUUAUAAAUGUUGUCCUCAUGUUGAAGUGAAAGGUUGCCUCGUUCGCUAUGGACAGGCACUCUUCAGAAAAUUCGUUGACUUAAAUCUUAGAACAGCCUUUCAACAAGAUGAAACUGUACGUGUUUGGUUCAGAAGUUUUGCUGCAAUAGCACUUCUACUACAAAAAGAUAUGAUUGAAGCAACUGAAUAUUUACGUUUAAAUAAGCCGUUUUUAUAUGAAAAGGAAAUUGAAUUAUUUAUUGGAUAUCAUGAUAAAACUUAUGGUGUAAACAGGAAUUUUCCACCAAUUAUAUGGAAAAAAAGAUCUUCAAAACCUCAUAAUGAUGUUUACACAUGUAUUAAUAUGUUUAAACAUGAACAACUGUUAGCAGCAGAUGAACGUAGAAGAAAUGAAACAGGUACAGCAUCACUAAAACGUCGAAGAGCUACUCGUAUUGCUGAAGAAACAUUAUGUCGUUUAUGGCAUAAACUCGAGAAUCAAAAGAUUGAUAGAGUAACAUUUUAA